AUGGCUGCUGCUGCCCCAAGAUUCAUCAAGUGUGUGACCGUUGGGGACGGAGCUGUAGGGAAGACCUGCAUGCUCAUUUGCUACACCAGCAACAAAUUCCCCACGGACUAUAUUCCCACUGUGUUUGAUAAUUUCAGUGCAAAUGUGGUUGUUGAAGGCAUAACUGUCAAUUUAGGCCUUUGGGAUACAGCUGGGCAAGAGGAUUACAACAGGCUGAGGCCCUUGAGCUACAGGGGGGCAGAUGUCUUUGUCUUGGCUUUUUCUUUAGUUAGUCGCGCAAGCUAUGAGAAUGUGCUGAAGAAGUGGAUCCCUGAACUCCAGCAUUUUGCCCCUGGCAUCCCGUUGGUAUUAGUUGGCACCAAAUUGGAUCUCCGGGAAGACAAGCACUAUAUGGCUGAUCAUCCAGGCUUGGUGCCCGUGACUACUGAGCAAGGUGAGGAACUCCGUAAACAGAUUGGAGCUACCUAUUAUAUUGAGUGCAGCUCAAAAACUCAGCAGAAUGUGAAGGGAGUUUUUGAUGCUGCAAUCAGGAUGGUCAUCAGGCCUCCACAAAAGCAAAAUGAGAAGAGGAAGAAAAAACCACGAGGCUGUUUUCUAAACGUCCUCUGUGGAAGGAACAUUGUUCGACUUAAAUGA